AACAUUGUUGUGUGGUUCUGAUCAUUUAGGGUCGAUGGUCACUUUUCCGACUUCUAGUCGAGUGACGCUCAUACAUAGUGUCCGCCGCAGCGUCAUCCUUACAUGAUCCGUUUAGCCGUAAGCUUGCUAGAGUGUUAAAGAAACUGUGAGUCAAGUGUUCCUUUCCGCGUCAAAGUCGUGACGCUUCUUGGUGACGGGGUGUGCUGCAGUGUGAAAGCCGUCGAGCCGAGAGCUCCUACAAAAUCAUCUCCAAGAUUUUCAUGACGCAGUCGGCAUUCGCGCGACAAUCUUCGUCGCACGUCAGUGACGUCAUGGAGCCGUUCGCCUUCGCAACGGCAACGUCAGCUUCCGUCGACGCAACUACCGCCUGUUACGCGACCGUUGCGACGGAAUCUCCUUUCACGAGUACUACUACUACUACUACCACCCUCGCCAGCUCUGAUGCGACCCAAUCCAUUGGCGUCUCUGAGAGGCCUCCCCAUCACCGUAGAUCCCGGAGCGGAUGUGAUGCGACCUCACUCUGGAGCAGCAGCGGCCGGUGUUGCGCAACCAACGGUGGUGAGAGGUCACCGGAGGUUUCACUCGAUCAGCGAGAUUGACGGAUCUUUGUUCGAAGACUUCGCUGCAAAAAUUAG